CCAGCUUUUGUAUAUAACCGUCCUCAAAGCUUAACCGUCCUCAAAGCUUGGACCGAAAGCAAUAAGAAACAGAAGCUUGACAAGCAUUGUGGACUUCUCCUAGUUGCUUUACCCAAAUUUCAGUUUCUCUUCCUUGCAAGACAGGACUAACUACUCUCUUCCCUCCCUUUACUUCCACUCAAAUUUCAGUGCUAUAUAAACACAAUUCACACAAUGCAUGCUCAAAACAAACCAAGCAAAGAGACCAAACAAUUAAGAAGGGGAAAGAAACCUGACGCGUUUGUUAUCAAUGAAGAUCAGGGUAGAAGCAAAGGAAUCCAACCCCGAUGGUGAGCAAAAACAUCCUCUCUUGCACGAUACACUGUCACCGGAAAUAGAGGAGAAAAGAACGCUGAUACAGAGAGCCAUGAACCAGACGUUUCAGAGCACAGCUCAUUUAGCCAAUCUUUUACCUACUGGAACAGUUCUUGCAUUUCAACUUCUGGCACCUAUAUUCACAAACCAAGGCGUUUGCGACUCGGUCAGCAGGGUCAUGACUGCUGGUCUUGUAGGCCUCUGUGGCGCUUCGUGUUUUCUACUCAGUUUCACUGAUAGCUACAGGGACAACAAGGGAAACGUCUGCUAUGGAUUUGCUACAUUCAAAGGCUUAUGGAUCAUAGAUGGGUCAACCGCCCUUGCACCAGAAGUUGCUGCAAAUUUCAGACUGAAGUUUAUAGAUUUCCUCCAUGCCUUCAUGUCCAUACUUGUAUUUGCAGCUAUUGCACUAUAUGAUCAGAAUGUAGUGAAUUGCUUUGACCCAGCACCGUCGGAUAAGGCUCAGGAGGUUCUCACAUCAUUGCCAGUUGCCAUUGGUGUAUUCUGCAGCAUGUUGUUUGUUGUGUUUCCAACCAAGCGCCAUGGGAUUGGCUUCCCCCUCUCUGCAAGCUAACGAUUCUCCUAUUUGAUCGAGCUGUGGAGCUCUGUUGCAACCUUGUCUAUUCUUUAUUUGAUUCCAGCAUCCUCCAAAUGCUAUCGAUGUGGAUUUAUUACUAUUUUGUUUGUAUAUUCCAAGGCACUUGUAAAAAAAUAAAUUUUGAUGAACACACUUGUUGAUGGAUCGGAUGAUUAC